UUCAAGCUUGCAAAAAUGGAUCAUAUAGCAGAUUACUCUGAGUACCCAACCAGCCUUUACAAUGAUGGCAACUUCAACAUGUUCCAACCCGAUUUCAUGCCCGAACCCGAUUUCGAAACCCUCAUACAAGGCGUGACCGCGGUGGAGAGUUUCUGUUUGGAUUACGAAGGUGAUCACUUUGCCGGUUCAUGUUCACAGUUACUGUUUAAUGAUCACAAUGACGCCGUCGUUGGUGCGGGUACUGGCAUUGGUGUGAUGGAUCCGAACUCGGGUUUGAUUUGGAACCAGGAAAUGGAGGAUGUGAAGGUUUCUGAUGUUUUCGGAGACGAUGAUUCAUCUGAAACCGCCACAACCGGUAAACUUGAGACGCCGAAAGGGAGCGCCAAGGGAGAUCGAACGAGGACUUUGAUUUUGGAGCAGAAGAGAAGAAGCGGAAUGAAGGAGAAGUUGUACGCGUUGCGUGCGUUGGUACCCAAUAUCACCAAGAUGGAUAAAGCUUCUAUAGUCGGAGAUGCAGCACAAUACGUUCAAGAUCUUCAAAGACAAGCGAGGGAUUUAAAGUCGGAUAUUGCGACAAUUGAAGCAGCUAAAAACCCAAAAAUGUCGUCUCAAAAUUCAAAUAAGCAUCAUGUUUCAAACCCGUUUCCGAUAUCAAAAAGGAUAUCAAAGUUGGACAUGUUUCAAGUAGAGGAAAAAGGAUAUUACGUGCGAUUGGUUUGCAACAAAGGACGAGGCGUUGCAGUGUCACUUCAUAAAGCGCUCGAGUCGAUUACGAGCUUUCACGUCCAAAGCUCGAAUUUAGCAACCGAUGGUGGUGAUAACUUUGUACUCACAUUCACCUUAAAUGUUACGGUAAGUGGAUUUGACAUAAACCUACCGAAUUUGAAGCUAUGGCUUUCAAGUGCUUUCCUCAACCAGGGUUUUGUAUUCAACACACUUCCAUCACCUUAAACUGACUCGAGGAAAGUUGUGAUGAUCGAUAUGUGUUUAUGGGUGAACAAUGAUCCAAUACAUCUCAGCCACGUGUGAUUUACUACGCUACAGGAUCACGAUUGUCAAUAUGUUUUAGCGAAUUGUCAUAAAUCGAUCAACUAUUUAAUACUAA